AUGUGGAAAAGACGAAAAGCAUGGGGUUCGCAUCAGGGCCUAGUCGUCUCCGUUCGGGUGUCUAGUAGUUAUUUGUCCGAAAGGACAAAGUUUCAAGCGUCGACUGCCUCAACAAAAUCUGCCCGUCCGCGACACUUUUCUGCCGCCAGUUUCCAGCCAACAGUCGUCUCCUUACGUCAAUCCGGACGGGUCGGCACCAAAAACAGUUUGGGACCCGACCCGCCAGCUUCGGUGGCCCGUCGCAACGCCUGCGAAUGCAUUCGGAUCAAAAAGGUCAACACAGGAUUCGCCGUUUUGCGCCAACACAUUAUUCCGGUUCUGUGCGGAUCGGUGAUUGUUUACGGCGGAUCACCUCACUACUCCGAGCCGCUGUCUUCAUCCUCUUCAUCGCCUCCGGCCACCAGUAGCAGCAGUAAGAAGAACCAGAUGAGCAUAGUGGAGACCCUGCGGUGCGCUGUCGAGUACAUCCGCAAUUUGGAGAAGCUCCUGGCGACGAGCGGCGGGUCGGAAAUGGAACAAGAUCAACUGUCCACUAAAGAGAAGCCGCUGGAUUGCCUUCCGUACAAGCUGGAUGUCGCUGUCGGAUCGCCGUCGAUGCAAGAGUCAAGCGAAAACAUUUCACCUUUGGAGAUUGCCGGUCUCUCGACUUCGGCCAACGACCUGAUGUCGGGUUUCUAUGACUCGACUUCGCCGACCGGUGCUGUGCCGACUGGAGAGCAGAAACGAAUCAAAACUGAGCGGGAUCCGACUGAAUCGGCUACCCUGUUCAAGCAGGAACUUCUGCGCUCCCUGUCGUGCUGGAACAGAUCGGAUGCGGAGCAACCAGUGCCGGAGCUUCUGCUGGAUCACCCAGGGCAGACGGAACAAAAACAGAACUCGGCCAUCCAAAACAUAAUGGAUCACAGUCGGCUGGAAUCCCUCAACAGCUGGUGGAGUUCUAGCCUGUAG